UUUAUUCGGCAUUCUUUCGACCACGUCGCAGUCCAACAAGCUGCUUCUGUCGACUACGACUCCACUUCUUCCCGUUCCAACGAUCUGUAGGUGCCAUCAUCCAAUGCCAACAAGCAGCAAAGGAGAGCAUCAAACGAAUGUUGGAGAGCACGAGGGAACGAAUCUUCUCUAUCAGAAGAAGAGGUCACAGCAUAGAUACAAAGGGCCAUAGCGUCAUUCGAAAGACAGCACGAGAAAGUGGUACAUCACCAAGGCCUUCGCAGCUGCUAUAAUAGCCAGAUCUCCUAUAAAACAAGAUACACCAACAAACAAGCCAUCACAACAUCACUAUCAAUAUGAAAAGCCAUCAAACCCCAACGAGAUGGUGGCGCUUGAUGCCCCUGGCGCUUCUUCUUGCAAGCCACCAAUCUUCUUUUGCUUCGGCAUUGAUAUCUCGCGGAAGCAGUACCCGUACGGUAGAUGCCACAGCUGCAACACCUACCAAGAUUGCCGGCAGUCCUCCUUCUGCGAGCAAUAAUGACAAGAAGAAACGAAAGAGUCGAAGAGCGCGAAUCAAGCAUGACGAAAAAGUUGUCUUUUUUCCUACUGCAGCCAGACGAUCCGAAGAUGGCAAAGGGUGGGAUAUCCCCAUUCAUGGAUGGAUUUAUGAACCUGAAACCAGAGAUCCAGCUAGACGCGCUAUUGUCGCAUCGCUUCGCAAGUACCUGGGACUCAAGCGUGAAGAAGAAGAGACCAAGAUUCUCAAGCGUCGACUAGGUACCUUUUUGGUGAACAAUGAACGCCGCAAAGAACUGGCCGUACAAAUGGGUUGCUCGGUAGCAUCGGGCGAGAGUUGCCGUGUCUUUCCCCUCCCUCAAUCCAAAAAGAACGGCCACUUUCAGGCCAUGUUGCAAAUUGACGACCAAGAACUGGCGGCCAUACAAGAAGCCACGUGCGACGAAAAGAAUACCCUCCACUUCCAGGCUAUUGUGGAGGAUGGCGAUGAUCGUGUCUUUGAGGGCAUGUCGCAUUUGAUCCCCAACGAGGGCGUCAGUGUCAUUAGUGAUAUUGACGACACUGUCAAAAUCACGGGAGUGGGCAACAAGAAGGCAUUGCUCCGAUCCACCUUUAUGGAAGAAUUCAAGCAAGUGCCCGGCAUGGCCGAGUUGUAUCAAGAGUGGGCCGAGGAUUUGGAUUGCAAAUUCCACUUUGUUUCCAGCAGCCCCUGGCAGUUGUGGGAAGAACUCGCAGGCUUUUUAAGCGAUAUUGGAUUCCCUCACGCGACGUACCACUUGAAGCCCAUUCGACUGAAGGAUCGUACAUUGUUUGAUCUUUGGAAAUGUCCCUUGGAAACCAAGAUUGAAGUGAUUGAAUCCAUCCUAGACUCGUUUCCUCAGCGGAAGUUUAUCCUAGUGGGUGACACAGGAGAGAAGGACCCCGAAGUGUACGGCGAAAUUGCCCGACGAUACCCCAAUCAGAUUCAAGGCCUCUAUGUGCGCAAUGUGACCGGCGAAACUGGCAAAGAAGAACGCUACGACGAAGCUUGGGUGGGUGUCAACCGGGAGAUUUGUCAUUUAUUCACCGAGCCUCAAGAUAUUCAGCUUCCAGCCAGCUUGACAACUUCUCCACCAACCAAUGCCAAAGAAGCACUCAAGCCCUGAGCCUUUGAAAAUUGUUGUCGAAGUAGCUCGAAGUUCUCUCCGAGGCGACGAAGGUGAUACUGUACAUACCCAAUCCACAUCCAAGCAUUUAGAGAGCCAGUGACACGUCAAUUCAAGAAAUGUUGGAUACUGCAUUCGACCAUCCCAGGAUGUCGUCUGGAUUCGACUUGGAACGCAACUAACCUCAUAGAAAUAGACCAAUACAUGCCAAGUCGAAUGCCCGACGCGUCGAUCACUCUACCAACAACCCACAACGUUCAUACAUCACAUACCCAUGUUUACCAUGCCUCUAGCAUGGAGUGAGAGAUAAGAAAGCCUAUACAUGUGAUGGGUGGGGAAAAUGCUCUGUUACAUUGAUAUGCCCAUAGCUCUUUUUCACAAAUGCUGUUGUGAUCAGGACUUUCCAGAGAUGUAGGUAGCUGUUCUGCCUGGUCGUUCGUUGUAGUCUGUUGUCAUGGGAUCGAGCCAGCGAACUGCUCCUGUUUCAUGUGGAUUGCGUUCUUUUACCUGUCCCAAGUGCGAAGUGGGGACUGUUCCACGGCGGUCUCUACGUCUGGCCAGAUCCACACAGGCCUUCUUUGCUAAAGUUAGGACACCUGUUGUGUUAGACCGUCAUCCGAGUCGAAGCAAAAUGGCCAGUGAAUCAAGAUGUCUCUUCUCGGCUUCCCUACUGUUUGCUGAAAAGUGAAGAUUGGCAGCUCUAGCUAAGUCAAACGAUUUUAGCAAAGAGUGACUGGUGCCAAGUCAGUCGUAGUAGCUGUGUGCGAUGGAACUGUCAGGCCAUUGGUACUGAAGCUGGGCUAAAUCUCAAUCGACAACUCAUACUCAGUACUACCAUGUGUGGAGAGACUUGAGGAUAUCCGAGCGCUGUAUUUGAAUGCAUUCAUGGUAUGGAGUCCAUAUCCCCCACAGGUAGAUAUUGCUGGAGUUCUCACUCACCGUUUUUGGAUACGGAGCACAUACCGUACUGUACGAACACACGGAAGGAUUGAUAGAUUAUGAAUGACACCAUAGUAACUAACAAAAUGGACAUCUG